GACAAAGAUACUAGAUUUUACAGACACAAAUUCGUUGGAUAUCUCUAUCUUCUUCCUCGUUGUUGUUUAUGCGGAGACGCCCCGACAAAUUUCUCCCCCAAUCUCUUACAUCAGUCAACAAUGUCACGGGGCUCUCCACCAUUUCUCCCCCAUUUUCUUCACGAGAAAAAACCCAUAUAGCUUCUUUUGUGGGCAGAGCAAUAUUUUGUAUCAAUUGAUUGCAUGCUAUUGCUAGGUAUGUUUAUUAUACCUUUUGUGAAAAUCUUCUUUGAAUGUAAAUCUAUUCGACGUUUCAAUGGCGUCGGAGAUAAUCGAGGUCGUUGAGGAUGUUGAAUCCAAGGAUGAUAAACCCUCUGGUGGUAAAGAGGUUGCGAAAGGAGAGGAGGAUGGGAAUUUGAAGAACGAUGUUUACACGGCGGCGGCGUAUGGCGAUAUGGAGAAGCUACAGAGGUUGGUGGAGUCCGAAGGUUGCUCUGUUUCUGAGGCAGAUGGGCUUGGAUACUAUGCUUUACAAUGGGCUGCUUUAAACAAUCGUACUGUUGCUGCUCAGUAUAUCAUUGAGCAUGGUGGAGAUGUUAAUGCUGUGGAUCAUACAGGGCAAACAGCACUGCAUUGGACUGGAGUUCGUGGCGCGAUUCAGGCGGCAGAGCUUUUGCUUCAAGAGGGAAUUCGUGUAGAUGCAGCUGAUAUGUAUGGAUAUCAUGCAACCCAUGUUGCAGCUCAGUAUGGACAAACGGCUUUCCUUUAUCAUGUUGUUACAAAAUGGAAUGCUGAUCCUGAUAUUCCUGAUAACGAUGGGAGAAGUCCUUUACACUGGGCUGCAUACAAGGGUUAUGCUGAUUGUAUACGUCUUCUGCUAUUUCUCGAUGCAUUUAGAGGAAGGCAAGACAAAGAAGGUUGUACUCCACUCCAUUGGGCUGCUAUCAAAGGGAACUUAGAUUCCUGCACUGUUUUAGGUCAGGGUUUGAAGAAGGAGGAUCUAACUGUUACUGAUAACACUGGUCUUACUCCUGCUCAGCUUGCUGCUGAUAAGGGUCACAGACAAGUUGCAAUUUUUCUUGGAAAUGUGAGGAAGUUGCUUGAAAAGCGCUGGGAUCCAAACAGCAGUUUUGGUCGACUAGUGAAAUUAGGCCUUGCGCCACUUCUUUGGUGUAUUAUGUUUGCAUUAACUGUUACUUAUACUAAUUCUGUUGUAUUGGGUAGGUUCAUCAUGAUCAUCUAUCUAUGUUUGGACAAUCAUCACAGCUUUAUUUGGAUUAAUUGUUCUUUCUUUUGGUCCAAAGCUUCAGAUCUGCCAAAUCUGGGAACAGGCUUUGCUCUCUUUGCAUGGUCUGGUGUUUUCUUAGCGACCAGUGGGUCUUUUUGGUUCUAUAGAUGCAGCAGCAAAGAUCCAGGGUAUGUCAGAAAGAGUGCUAGUGAAGAAAGUGUAAAGGACGAUGAGCCCUUUUUGAAGAUCGAGAUUAAUAACCCGUCAUUGCUAGCUGGAAACUGGUCUCAGCUUUGUGCAACAUGCAAGAUUGUAAGGCCUCUUCGUGCGAAGCAUUGUUCGACGUGUGAUCGUUGUGUAGAGCAAUUUGACCAUCAUUGCCCAUGGGUAUCCAACUGCGUAGGAAAGAAAAACAAAUGGGAUUUCUUCCUAUUUCUCGUCUUGGAGGUUUUCGCUAUGUUGAUGACGGGUGCUGCCACUAUUACAAGGAUUUUAAGCGAUCCAAUGGCUCCGCCUGAUCUUGGAGAUUGGCUGAACCAUGCUGGCACUCAACACAUGGGUGCCAUCAGUUUCCUCUUAGCGGAUUUUGCCCUCUUUUCUUGUGUAUCGGUUUUAACUGUGAUGCAAGCUUCUCAGGUUUGUAUAUCGCGUAACAUUACGACAAAUGAGUUGGUGAAUUCAAUGCGAUAUGGGUACCUAAGGGGACCGGGAGGGCGUUUUAGAAACCCUUAUGAUCAUGGAAUAAAGAAGAAUUGCUCAGAUUUCCUGAUAAAAGGAUACAAUGAAGAUGUGGAGUAUGAAGAACAUUUUACCCAAACAGACGGGGUUGGGAUGAUAUCGAUGUCUAGAGUUUCGUCACUUCAGAAUGGUAAUGGUAAAGGGCAAGUUGCGAUAAAUGUGAAUGGAAACGGCAACAGAAAAAACCAUGAUAACCACAGGAGGUCGGAGUCUUUGCCUGUCACUUUGGGUGUUGGAUCUUCUUCUUCACGUUCUUUAAUUGUUGCUUCAUGAGGUUUGUGACCACUCCAGUAAUUCACCACUUAGAUAAUAAUAAUAUUUUGAUAGUUUUUCUCAUCUUUUUUCCCCUUAAAUCUAAAUGAUGAUAUAUACAAAUUCUAAUGUAUAAAUCAGAUCACAUGGUCAUCA